CGUUUCCAGGACAGUCAUUGGGCGGUCACACCCCCGCACCGUGUCUCUCCUUCCGCGGGAUCCGCUCCUCGAAAAUACUCGCGUCAAGUUGUUGUCGCUCAUCUGACGGCGCGCCGCGUUUGCGAUGGAGCCCUGGAUGAUCGUGAUCCUCUUGUCCGUGUGCGGUGUCCUCCACGGACAAGAGGCAGAGCAGACAUCACUGGAGGAGUGCUGCAGGGAUGGCAAGGAGCGAGGCCUUCAGGGGCAGGACUGCGCAGCCCUGCCACUCAUUUCUGAGUUCAGCACCUGCAGGGUGGCCCAGGAGCAGUGCUGCUUGGCCGUUAUGGAGAAUGCGUCCUGCAACCAGGGUGUUGCUGUAGCCAGAGAGCAGAGGGCGUGCGAUAUGCUCUUCUCUGGAAGCAUCUGUGAGCCCAAGACUGCCAAGACUUGUUGUCACUGUUGCCUGCUGGGCCGAGCGGCAAUGGAGCAGGGUCUGAGCUGCGACCUGGACCUCUCCGUAGCCUAUCAGUGCGGCCAGGUCUUCCAGACGUGCUGCUUGGAAGGUCUGCCUGAGGGAGAUGCAAACAACACACAAGCCCAGGCCAAAGAGGACAAGCAGUUCAAUGACCUGGAUGACCCCUCCCUAAAUGACAAGUGCAGAGGUGGGGGACAGUGCUCGCAUCAUUGCCUUGGCAACGGCACCUGUGCCUGCUUCACAGGGUACAAACUCAAGCCAGAUGGCCGCAACUGCGAAGACAUUAACGAAUGCCUCCUGGGCUCUCACGACUGCCAACUGGGCGAGCGGUGCAUCAACACCGCAGGCGCUUACAGGUGCCAACGUGAGAUCAGCUGUGGCAGCGGCUAUGAGCUGACGGACAGCAACACCUGCAAAGACAUUGACGAGUGUGAGACUGGAGCCCACAACUGCGGCCUAGAGUUUGUGUGCCAGAACACACCGGGGUCCUUCCAGUGUCAGCCUGGCCGGCAGUGUGGACCGGGUUUCAUUGAGGAUGCUCUGGGCAGCUGCAUCGAUAUCAAUGAGUGCCUGAGCCACACGGGGGCAUGUCCUGCAGGCCAGCUCUGUAUAAACACAGUGGGUUCUUACAUCUGCCAGAGGAACUCCCCGAGCUGUGGGCGGGGCUACCACCUGAAUGAGGAGGGCACUCGCUGCGUGGAUGUGGACGAGUGCUUGGGGACGGAUGGGGUCUGCGCCGGGCACGGCUGCGUCAACACGAUCGGCUCAUUUCGCUGCGAGUGCCGGACAGGAUACAUCUUCAACAGUAUCAGCCGGACGUGUGAAGACAUCAAUGAGUGCAGGCAUUACCCCGGACGCCUUUGUGCACACAAAUGUGAAAACGUAGAAGGAUCUUAUCAGUGCAGCUGCGCCAUGGGAUUCAAACUGGCCACUGAUGGGAGGAGCUGUGACGAUGUGAAUGAGUGUGAGAGUAACCCCUGCAACCAAGAGUGUGCCAACGUCUACGGUUCCUAUCAGUGCUACUGUCGCCGUGGCUUCCAGCUCAGCGACAUAGAUGGGAUCACGUGUGAAGACAUCGAUGAGUGUUCCCUCCCAGUUGGAGGUCACAUCUGCUCGUACCACUGCAACAACACCCCAGGGAGCUUCCACUGCAGCUGCCCCCCUGAGGGGUACACCCUAGCCUCCAACGGCCGCAGCUGCCAGGACCUCGACGAGUGUGUCACCGGGGUCCACAACUGCUCGCAGACGGAGACCUGCUUCAAUGUGCUGGGCGGGUUCCGCUGCUUGUCCUUCGAGUGUCCGCCCAGCUACCGCCGUGCAGGGGAAUCCAGACCCAUCACUUGUGUCAAGUUCUGCCUGCCGAAUGACGUGAGCUGCCUCACGGACCCGGUCCAUUCCAUCUCCCACAUGGUCAUCUCUUUGCCCACGAUCAGGGACUUCAACAGACCAGAAGAGAUCGUCUUCCUGAGGACCGCCGCGCCGGCUCACUCCGCUCAUUGGCCAAACCCCCACAACAUCAUUUUCGACAUUCAGGGGGGCAACGUACAGAGCUCAUUUGACAUUGUGAAACGCUACGAGCGCGGUGCAGCCGUCGGAGUGGUCCGGCAGGUGAAGCCCAUCACUGGCCCCUUGCAAACGGUCCUCAAGGUGGCCAUGAAUCAUGUGACCUCAGGCGUCAUCUCCCAUCGCAACAUCAUCAACCUCCAUAUCUUUGUCUCUAAGUUCUGGUUCUGAACAUAGAAAACCCUUUCUCAGCUCCCUUCUCAGUUUCCCACAGUCCUCUGUUCCAUGUCAAGCCUGUCCAUCGCAGACAGAAGACAGAAGUCAGGGGUGAGUUUGAACAGGAUAGAUGUGUUGGUGACAGUGACUGGGUCAAUGUGCAGGUGCUCACAGCACUGGGAGUUUGCCUUGCCGGUGAAGCACAUGGGAAUCUUUGUCUUAAAGGGCACAAAUGGAACAGUUCAAUUCCAAUUCAAUUUGUUUUUAUCGAGAGCUCUUCUCACACGUAACACAGAGCUCUCAACAAAGGAUCAGGAGACAUGAUGGCAAACGAAAGGUCAACUAACCAUUAAAUUACUGCAAGAUCUAUAUGAAGUAUUAAAGCUAUAAAUAAGCCAACUCGCCACGGAGGAAAGGAAAAAAGAACUCCCAACUGAAAGGCAAGGGAGCAAAAAGAACUUCCAGGGGUCUAAGUGCCAGUGGCUGCCCAUCCCUCCUGGGCAUUUUAAAUAAAAAAUAAAAGCUUAAGCAAACUUACACAGCUAUUUACUUUUUAUUAUUGACUAUUAACUUAUACAGUUAUUGAUAACACCAAUGCAGUCAGAAAGAAGCUAAUAAGAAUCAAUCUUAUGCUUUGCUAUGUUUUAGAACGGCACGUUUCUGUGACUCUGUAUGACAUGCUUCUCGCACCGUUAACACAUGCCGCCACAAUGUAAACAUUUGGGAAAAGAGCAACGGACUCCUUGGUAAGGAGGACAGACAAUGAGGCUGUUGUUGCUACUAUGCUUUUACUGCACAUAGUUCCAAAAUGUGAAGGAUGUUUGAUGUAAAUCCAUAUUCCUAUAAUAAGAUUACAAGAACUAUAUGUGAAGUAAUGAAUUAAUAAAUAACUG